AUGAGGAAGACGUCGCCGAGAAACAUUAGCGGUCUCGCCCCGUCACCUCCAGCCCCUAAAGGCGGGUGCGAUACCGGUCUGCGAGGACUACAGCGAGGAUUCCCUAGCGGUAUGAAUGGUAUAAACCGAUCCUCUCGUUUGACGACAGCGGAUAUUGUUGCUGCGGCUGAUGUUACCUAUGCUAGUGGUAGGUUUGAAGAUCCAUCGCAAGCGCUGAACGGCGACAACAGCAACACGGCUGCCGGUGUUCAUACGUUUGAUAAUACUUCCGGUACCUGCAGUGGUCGUACUGAACAACUAAUAAAAGGGGCAGGGCGAGCUGUUGUGAUUUCCAAGCACCUCGAUCGUGAGGAUUCUUCGUGUCAUGAUGUGCGACCCUUUGACGAUAAUAUCAGCACACUGACGGAUCCAGAAAACGAGUCCAAUAACAACAGAAGUGGUAGUGGCAGACGGAAAAGGGGAUCUGAGGUUAUGGAAGAACUAGAUCACAUCUCCAGGACCACUCCAUUUUUGCCCAGCAACCAGGGUCGAAUUCGCAACAGUUCCAAAGGCAGCGGUUCAAAUUCCAUACCAACAAGCACCAACAGACUCAGGUUUCACGAACUCCAACUGCACGGACGAGAAAAGGAAGUGCAGAUUCUUCAGGAAUGCCUGAGCAAGACUCUACCACCUCCUUCAAGCAGACCUCUAGCAUCAUCUACCACGUCAUUUGGAGCAUCUGAAGGAGAUGACAAAUGCAAUAUGGAUGGCAUGGAUGGGAAUAAUGCUGAUGAUCAUGGAGACUGUUGCCAUCAGUUGGUACUCUUGUCGGGAGAAUCUGGAGUUGGCAAAACUGCCUUGGCGGUGGGGGCCAUGGAGACGGCGAAGCCUCUGCAAGGAUCCAAAUCAGGGAUCUGUCUUUGGGGCAAGUUUGACCAAGCCAAGGCAAUGCAAGAACCCUAUGCUGCAUUUGUCGGCGCAUUCCAGCAACUGGUUGGCAAUCUACUACUGUCAAAGAAGGAACAGGAGGACGCUGGUGCUGACAGUCAGUCUCUCUACCAAACGCUACAAAACGAGCUCAUGUCAGCUUUGGAUUCCGCAGAACGAGGAAUCAUGGUAGAGACCUUUGAAGAUCUUGACGAACUCUUUCCCCCGGCAUCGUCGUCAGACGGAAGAGUACACGGCAGGACUUGGCGCCGCCGACAGCCCUCGUCACAAGAAAGCCAUGAAGCCAAGAAGAGCCGAUUCCACAAUGCGUUUCGGAAAUUCAUCCGCGUCAUCGCCAAACAGUACCGUCCACUUUGCAUUGUACUUGACGAUCUUCAAUGGGCAGGACUCUCGUCCUUGGCCUUGCUGGAAAUCAUCUUGAUAGACCCCUUGUGCUCCAGCGUCAUGAUCAUUGGCGUCUACAGAUCCAAAGAAGUUGACGAGACCCAUAGCUUCUCCAAAGUUGUGCGAGAUUUACGACAACGACUCAAAGACAACAGUGGCAGCAGCAUGAAGGGACCAGUGUAUGAGAUUCAUGAUAUCCCGAUUGGAAAUCUAGACAUGGAUGCCACCAGAGGUCUCCUCUCAGAUAUUCUCUCGACCGAUGACCAAGACAAACUAGACGAGCUGGUUCCAAUUUGUCAUGAGAAGACUAGGAACAAUCCUUUCUUUCUAUUGACAUUUGUCCGGUCUUUAUGCGACAAUCAUUACUUGGAAUUCAAUCUGAGUUUAUAUGAAUGGAAGUUCGACCCAGAGGAAAUCAGAACCGGAACUGGCUCGACUGAGAACGUGGCUGAGAUGGUGAAGCAAAGAAUGGGGUACCUUGACGCCCGCUCUCUGUUGGUGCUCAAGCUUGCAGGAGAAGGGGCGUUCUUGAGAUGGGUUCACGACUCUAUCCAAGAGGCGGCGAUAUUGCUGGUGUCCGGUGAAGCCCGGAGAUGCUUGGAGAAAGAAAUUGGAUCAACUCUUCUCGAGAAGCUUAGCGAAACUCAGCUGGACUCGGCCGUCUUUGUCGUCACAAACCUCCUCAACAACGGUACCCCUCCAGCCACAAGAGAAGAUAGGUUGCAACUGGCAAGCUUGAACCUUAGAGCAGCAAACGCUGCAGCGUUUCGCUCGGCUGUCGAGAAUGCUGCAACGUACGCUCGCAGCGGUCUUGAUCUAUUGCCCGAGGACAAGUGGGAAACAUGCGCCGAACUCACAUUGGGUCUCUACACGACAUCCUGUCGAGCAGAGACUUGCCUGGGAAGCCACGAGUACGUUAUGGCCUUGACAGACGAAGUCCUUCAGAGAGACAAUAUCAAGCCGUUGGAAAAGCUUCCACUUGUCUUAUCGAAAGCGUCCAUACUUGAGUCACAGGACGGUCGAUUUGAAGAGGCCAUGUCGCUCUGUUCGAGUUAUUUGAAGGAGCUGGGAUGCCGUAUCCCCCGUUCAGGAAUCAGCUUGGUGUGUGGGACAGUAAAAACACUAGUAGCCAUCAAGGGAACGAAAAAGAAGCUCAGCGAGGAAUUCAUAUCCAAGUUGCCGGUGGCGCAAGAUCCCAAAGUGGUUGCUGCCAUGCUUGUACUCGACAAAUACUGCGCCAUUGCUAUCAUAGCGUCCAGUCCUGUGUUUCCGCUGAUCGCUCAUCGAAUGCUGAGCUUCACAUUGAAACAUGGUUUAUGUGAUGCUUCCCCCCCGGCAUUUGCUCUGGUCGCCAUGUUGAUGCUGGCUGUCUUUGGUGACCUUCAAGGAGCGUCCCUUUACGCAACAACCUCCAAAGAUUUGAUGCCUAUGUUACCAAAUCCACAAAUAUGUCAAGCCAGAACAGUUUUUCUAUCCUCGUUCUUCACGUUCGCCUGGACGCAACCACUGAACAGCAGUGUGAAGCCACUGCUCGAAGGCUACGAAGUGGGACUGGCGAACGGUGAUAUUGACAGUGCGUUGUACUGCGUCGGUACCUACGUUACCGUAGCCAUGCUGGCCGGCAGGCCGUUGGAGGGUCUCCUUGAUGACUGUCGAGUUUACUUCGGUCAGAUGAAAAAACUGGGUCGCGAGAGAAUGUACAUAGCCUGCAAUAUCUGCUGGCAAGCAAUACUCAACUUGAUGGGGUUUUCGGAAGAUCAUUUAACCUUGACCGGGGAAGCCAUGGAUCAAGAAGAGUUUCUGGUCAACACCUUGAGUCCUGAGAUGGAAAGCAAUUUGUGUGUCUUCCACUGGAUACGAGCAUUCCUGUACUCGAUAUUUGGUAACACUGCGUUGGGAGCAAAUCACGCGAUUGAAAUCGCCGAGUGGUUGUUCAAAAAGUUCCCAUGGUACCCUCCAAACUUUUGCCUCCCAUAUUACAUGGGGACGUCGUUGAUCGACACGUACAAAACCCAAAAGAAAAAGAAGUACUUGAAGCAUGCCAAGUUUCUAUCGUUGAAGCUCGACAACUACGCCAAGAAAGGCAACCCCAACGUUCAACACUACAAAAUGGCGCUGGAAGGAGAGAUGUUAGCGUUGAAAGACAAAACCGGUGAGGCGACGUCGAAGCUUGAGAAGGCUAUUGCCUUGGCUACGCGAGGAGGCUUCAUUCAUGAUUCAGCUCUAAUGAACGAACGGUUCGGUAACUUCUUGAUGCCAACAGAUGGCCAACGAGCACUACAUCAUCUUACUGUGGCAUACUCCUUGUACGUUGAAUGGGGAGCUCGAAAGAAAGCCGAAAUGCUCCUCGAGAAGCACAAAGAUUUGCUUCCUCGUCCCACCGACGUCGUCGCAGGCUACACAAUAUCCCCGUCAACACUGGGCUCUAGUACCCACCGGUAG